UGGUUACAACGCCCUCCUCUAAAACUUUAUUCAUCAGCUGCCUUAGUGUCUCUUUGUUUGAGUGAGAGAGAGAGAGAGAAGCCAAAAAGAAACUCGAGAGUCGCGAGAGAUCUCACUGCGCUCAGGUCAUCAUCAAUCGGAAAAACAUUCAUCAACUUCGGUUAUAACAGAUGAAGUCUGAAUACCAAUACCACGAGGAUUACAUAAGAAACUCGAGAGGUGUUGAGUUGUUUACUUGUAGAUGGAUUCCAUCAUCUUCUCCCAAAGCUCUUGUUUUCCUCUGCCAUGGUUACGGAAUGGAGUGUAGCGACUCCAUGAGAGAAUGCGGAAUCAGGCUGGCUUCAGCCGGAUACGCGGUUUUUGGAAUGGACUAUGAAGGUCAUGGUCGGUCCAUGGGAUCUCGUUGCUAUAUCAAGAAGUUUAGCAACAUUGUAAAUGAUUGCUACAACUAUUACACCUCUAUUUGUGCGCAAGAGGAGUACAUGGAGAGGGGCAGAUUCUUGUAUGGAGAAUCCAUGGGAGGUGCAGUCACUUUAUUGCUUCACAAGAAAGAUCCUUCCUUUUGGAAUGGUGCCAUUCUUGUUGCUCCAAUGUGUAAGAUAUCUGAGAAGGUGAAGCCACAUCCGGUGGUGAUCAAUCUGUUAACUAGAGUCGAAGAGAUGAUACCUAAAUGGAAAAUAGUUCCAACAAAGGACGUGAUUGACGCUGCUUUCAAGGACCUUGCCAAGCGAGAAGAGGUAAGGAACAACAAGCUGAUUUAUCAAGACAAGCCUAGGCUCAAGACCGCACUUGAAAUGCUUAGGACAAGCAUGAACCUCGAAGACAGUCUCCACGAGAUAACAAUGCCCUUCUUUGUAUUACACGGAGAAGCAGACAUCGUGACGGAUCCAGAGAUAAGCAAAGCUUUGUACGAGAAAGCUAGCUCAAGGGACAAGACUCUCAAGUUGUAUCCUGGGAUGUGGCACACUCUGACGUCUGGUGAGCCUGACUAUAACGUGGAUCUUGUUUUUGCUGACAUCAUCAGUUGGCUUGACCAUCGAACAGCUGACCCGGCCUCUCUAACUGUCACUCCUAUACGAGCUAAUACCACUGCUAGUGUCGAGAGGGUUUUUGUUGACGGCGUUAGUAGCGGUCAAAGGAGACCUAGACGCGCCUACUUCAGUCUCCUUUGUGGUUUGAACGGUGGCCGUUUGGUGCCUCGAUCUGCUAUGUAAAACGUAAUAGUUUUUUUCAAACAUUGUUUCUGUGUGAAGUUACCUGGAAAAGAGUGAGUUACUCUAUGAUUGUUUCGUAUGUGGAUUAUUAAAGGUUGGUCUCACUCAUGGUUAGAAAAAUCUAAGUAUGGCCCAGGGACGUAUGAACUAUAUUCUUUUUUAAGCUAAGUGUGAUUGAGAUGUUGUUAUUUUA